AAAUCCCUAUGUGUCGCAAUGCUUGUGUACAAGCACAAUUUCAGUAAAUAAGUAAUCGCGUUGCCGCCGUAUCUUUUGCCGUAUCUUUACUUUGAUAUAAAAGCAAGAUUGGUGGGAUUGUCAUCAGAUACCUAUUUUCUUACGUCUUGCAUUCUCUCUCUUAUUCCCGUUAAAAUAAACGAAGGAUAAGGAAAAAGAUAUGGCCAUGCAAUCCGUGAGACAGAGAUUCUUCAACAUCGUAAGAGAAUCGGACAAAAUAAGAUUCCUGAGUACCCAGCAAGUGAUUGAUCGCGACAACAAGUAUGGUGGUAUACACUUUAAACCGCUGCCGGUUGUUCUUUCUCGUGGGGAAGGAGUUUACCUGUGGGACAUCGAUGGAAAGCGGUAUCUCGAUUUCCUAGCAGGAUUCUCGACUGUCAACCAGGGACACUGUCAUCCGCGUCUGGUGAAAGUUAUGAGGGAUCAGGCCGGAAAGUUGGCGCACACGUCUCGAGCCUUCUACUCAGAACCUCAUGGCGAAUUAGGAGAAUAUCUGACAAAACUCCUAGGAUGGGAUCGGUUUUUACCUAUGAACACAGGUGUCGAAGGUGGUGAUACGGCCGUAAAAUUGGCCAGACGCUGGGGAUAUAGAGUGAAAAAGGUGCCUAAUGGCAAGGCUACUGUUGUGUUUGCCGCAGGAAACUUUUGGGGCCGUUCAAUAGCAGCCUUAUCUGCCUCGACAGAUCCAAACUGUUACACAGAUUUUGGUCCGUAUGUGCCCCUUUUCGAAAAAGUGCCGUACAAUGACCUCGUUGUUCUAGAACAAAAGUUUCAAGAGAAUCCCAAUAUCUGCGCGUUCAUGAUGGAACCCAUUCAAGGCGAAGCCGGCGUCGUUGUGCCGUCUGAUGGUUAUUUGAAACGUGUGAGAGAACUGUGCACAAAGUAUAAUGUUCUAUGGAUCGCCGAUGAAGUACAGACUGGUCUUAGCAGAACUGGUAUGCGUCUGGCAGUUGAUCACGAAGGCUGCAGGCCGGAUAUUCUCAUUUUGGGGAAAGCACUCUCCGGUGGGAUGUAUCCAGUUUCCGGUGUCCUAGCGGAUGAUCAGAUAAUGCUCUGUUUAGAAACAGGUUCGCAUGGAAGCACUUUCGGUGGGAGUCCACUUGGAAACAGAGUUGCUUUAGAGGCAGUUAAAAUUCUGGAAGAGGAGAAUCUAGCGGAGAACGCAAAAAAACUCGGAAAAAUUCUAAAGGAAGAACUGGAAAAACUGCCGAAAGACAUCGCGACGGAAUUUCGUGGACGCGGUCUUCUAGCUGGUCUCGUGAUAAACAAAGAAUUCGCCGAGGGUUGGGACAUCUGCCUAAAGUUGAGAGACGCUGGAUUGCUGUCUAGACCCGCGCAUGGGCAAAUCAUCAGAAUAUCGCCUCCUUUAACAAUUACAGAGGAACAAUUACGAGAAGGAAUAAACAUUCUCACUACGGUCCUCAAAAAUUAUAAAUAAAGGGAUUUAAAAUUUUACCAAGAUUGUAUGACAAACCUAUUUUUUUAUGAUAAAAUAGAUUACUUUUUAUCGCAUUA